AUGUCUGAGUUGUUACCCCGCCGCGGUUUAAUGGGCUACGUUUUACGCCCUCUUGUGCGCCAGCUGGUGUCAGCCGGUCGACUCUCCUUUCCUUCCACUAAUAGGCUCAUUGCCUCUAGCCCCCGUACUCAGUCCCGUUUCAUCCUUGAUUUCCGGUCUGACAAAGGUCGAGAAGAGGUUCAAAACUGGUACAAAUACCAAGGUCGUAGUACCCGCUUCACCCUGCUCGAAUACCGGAAGGAUAUACACGGCCGGGUCAGACACGAAUUUAUCGUCGUUCGGCUCGAUGACACUACUUUGUGCCGGUUCGACAGGAGGGCCUGUGAUGAGGAGCGUGGAUAUGCACUUCGUGAUGAGGGUGUCCCUGCUGAAGAUAGCGCGCACGUUCUAUCAUCGUUCGAGACGGAAUAUAAAGAUUUGAUGGCUCGGACUGAGGUACUUUUGAGCAUCGAGCUUCCUCAAGGCGAGGAACUUUGCUUUAUUCUAGCCGUGUGCGAGGGGAUUCAGACACACGCAAAGGCGGCGGCAUAUAAUCUCAUGCGAUACAACUGUUACUUCUUUUCAUGGAUGAUCAUGGCUGCUGUGGCUCGACGCACCUACAACUGGGAGAGCGUGGCUCUGUCAAGGCAAGGCUGGGAUGAUAUCAUACGAGCCACUCUUACGACCGGACAACACAAUGGAAUAGAACUUAUUCCGCCUCAACAGCCUGGAGUAAAAUUACAGCUUGGUCGUAUUGCUUUCAAACUCAAUACACGAUCUCAAAGAAACGCUAGCUCUCUUUUGGGUGCUAACCAUGGGAUUGGUGCUAUCGAUACUUUUCGACAUGCACUCAUUUCAAGAUUUUCUGAAUCACAUGGUACUAUCGAGAAAGUUUUACCAAAGCUCUUCUUCUUCCUAGCCAGAUGCACUGUCGCCGAAAACAAAAUCCGAGAUAAAUGGCCCUUCGAUAUAGGAUUCGCAUAUCGAUACAAUUUGAAAGCUCUGAAAAAAGCCUCGUUAUGUGCUGCCGGGAUAUUUGCGGCCAAUGCAAAUGCUGAGGAUAAGCAAACUGGUGAUUUAUUACGAGAGCUUGAGAGCGCAUGGAAACAUGCCUUGCGUGCGUUUAUGGCUCCUGGAUUCAAACUCCAACCUAUUUGGAGCUUUGAUGAUGAUGACGAUGAGGACGGAGAUUUUGUUUUCAUAUCCACUAAAGAGGUAACCGACUGGGAGGGUGGGUCACGCAUGAUCAUGAAAGAGUGGGAAACCGGCUGGGACGAGUGUGACACACUGGUUGCCCAAUAUGCUGAAACAACUACGUCAACCAUAAUGGCUAUGAUUCUAGAACGUCUCACAGAUGUGCCUCCGGAACAACUAAACUUCAAGGAUAGCUCCAAGCGUUCAUCAGGAUCUGACCAAUCCAAAAAUCCAUCGGUGCAAGAGUUCAUCCGUACGCGUAUGCAGGAGCAUUUUGAGAUAGUGGAUAUGUUCGGAUUUGGGUCAUUCCAGAACUUAUUACAACCGCUGAGGAAGCUAUGUGUGAGAUAUGGGAGGCCAGUCUCAGUAUCAUAG